AUGUCUCUCUACCACUAUUACCAUCCAGCCCAACGUUCCAUUUUCAAUGAAUUGAUGAGAGAUUUCGGAAGAAUGGAUCGCCAAAUGAUUUCGUCCGGAGAAGACCGAACUUCUUCAGAGAUUGUCAAUACCGAUGAAAAGUUUGAAAUCAGUCUCAACGUUUCCCAAUUUAAACCAGAGAAUUUGAAAAUCAAUUUGGAAGGAAGAACAUUGACGAUUCAAGGAGAUGAGGACGUGAAAACGGAGCAUGGAUACUCCAAGAAGUCGUUUUCUCGUGUCCUACUUCUUCCAGAAGACGUUGAUUUCUCUGCGGUCACUUCGAACCUUUCGGAAGAUGGAAAACUCUCGAUUGAGGCUCCAAAGAAGGAAACCAUUCAAGGAAGAUCCAUUCCGAUUCAACAGGCUGCUGCCAUUGAACCGAAAUCAUCUGAAUAA